AUGAUUUGGUUUGUUACUUUCCUCUGCUGUGUCGGCCUGAUUGGUGCUGAGGUACCUUUCAACCACUACGUGAACAACCAGAGAGUCAUUGGAGGUAGUAAUGCCAAACCAAACACCUGGAAAUGGCAGGCUUCCCUGCAGCUAGAUUCCUACAACCAAGGUUCAUUUAGUCACAUCUGUGGAGGCUCCCUCGUGAGUGCUUUUUACAUCCUGACGGCAGCUCACUGUAUUCUCAGUAAGGAUGUCAGCCAGUACCGUGUAGUGGUAGGAGAAUACAACCUGUAUGAAUACGAGGGGAGCGAGCAGUUCAUUCAGGUUGAAAAGAUUCACAUGCAUCCCCAGUGGACGGGCAACCUUGGCAUUGGAAAUGACAUUGCUAUCCUGAGGCUGGCCAAGCCUGUUUAUCAUAACGGCUUUGUCGCUAUCGGUAACCUGCCCAGGGCAGGAGAAAUGCUGCCUCACAACUUCACCUGUUACAUCACCGGCUGGGGGAUCAUGGACUAUGAAGCAUCAAGCAUGACCCCUGACAUCCUGCAAGUGUCCCCCAUCAAAGUGGUGGAGCACGCAGUAUGUUCCCAGCAGGACUGGUGGGGAGGCAUCGCCCUGAGAAGCAUGCUGUGCGCCGGUGGCGAUGGAGUCGUUUCUGGUUGUCAGGGCGACUCUGGGGGACCCCUAAACUGCUAUACCGACGGAGAAUGGAGGAUCCACGGGGUGGUUAGCUACGGCCCAUCCGGGAGGUGCAACCAACUUUCCAAACCCACCGUCUUCACCAGAGUCUCUUCUUUCCAUGACUGGAUUUACUCUAUCAUUCAGGACGUAUAGGCUGCAGACUGACAGGGGUCCAUACAGGGUUUCAAAUAAAAUCUACUGGAAAAAAAAUAUACUUUGUCAAAAUAAUUAUAUAAGUAACACAUGAGCCACUGACAUCUGGAGUGUUGGAACUUUUGUCAUUUGCAGUGAUGCAAAAGGACAAAUUACUGUAAAUUGAUU